AUGGAGGUCAAGCUAAAUCCGAAGGUGAGACAAAACUGCAUCAUUGCAAUCCCACCUGAUGACUUCAUAAACCUGCAGAGAUUCUAUACUUUACGUAACAAACUACGUGAUCCCUCCAGAUGUCAAGAAUGUGUGAGCUUUUUGAGAAGUUUUUUACCUGUGGACUACAAAAGUGAAUUUGUCCAAUUGUGCUCUUUAGCUCUGCCUGUGUUUUUGUCCUGUCUUUCGGAUUAUUUAAUAAGUUUUGUAAGCACUGUGUUCUGUGGGCACUUGGGGAGAGUAGAGCUUGAUGGUGUGACUCUUGCCACAGCUGUCAUCAAUGUUAUGGGUAUUGGUAUCGGCCACGGCUUGGCCGCUGCUUGUGACACACUCGUUUCUCAGGCUUUUGGAGGGAAUAACUUCUGUCAAGUUGGUGUUAUAACACAGAGAGGAAUUCUAAUUCUUCUACUUUCUUGUUUACCAUGCUGCGCCCUUCUUAUCAACACAGAGUCAUUGCUACUUGUUAUGGGGCAAAGGCCAGAGGUUGCCAGGAUAUCUCAGCUCUAUGUGAAAUUUUUUUUGCCUGGUCUUCCGGCUUCAUUUAUGUACAUUAUGGAAGUAAAAUAUCUACAGAAUCAGGGAAUAAUUUGGCCUCUGGUCAUUACUGGAGUACUGGCAAAUGUCCUUAAUGCUUUAAUCAACUAUAUUCUCCUGUUUGUCCUGGAUGUUGGUGUUGCUGGAUCAGCAGUUGCCAACACCAUCUCACAGUAUGCUUUGGCAAUCCUGCUGUUUGUCUAUGUCAGAUGGAAAGGUCUCCAUAAGGACACUUGGGCGGGUUGGUCGAUGGACUGUUUGCAGGACUGGAAAUCAUUCAUCCACCUUGCCAUUCCAAGCAUGCUCAUGCUUUGUGCAGAGUGGUGGACCUAUGAGAUUGGAGGACUCCUGUCAGGGCUGAUUAGUGAAGUGGAGCUUGGAGCUCAGUCAGUUGUGUUUGGACUGGCAAAUAUUGCAUUCAUGUUUCCUUUAGGCUUUAGUGUAGCAGGCUGUGUGAGAGUGGGGAUCGCCAUGGGAGCUGGAAAUGUUGCCCAAGCCAAGCUAUCUGCCAAACUCUCAAUGGUUUGUGCAGUGGCUGUUGGCAUGCUUUUGGCUACUGUUAUUGGUUCUGCAAAGAAUGUCAUUGCUUAUAUCUUCACAAAUGAUAAAGACAUUAGAAUGAGGGUUGCCACGGUAAUGGUUUUGUAUGCGCCUUUCCAUCUUCUUGAUGCAGCCGCAGCAGCAAGUGGCAAUAUAGUGAGAGGUUUAGGCAAGCAAAAGAUUGGAGCAGUCUGCAACCUUGUGGGAUACUAUGGCGUUGGUUUUCCUAUUGGAAUAUCCUUAAUGUUUGCCACUAAACUGGGAAUUGUUGGUCUAUGGACGGGCCUGUUAAUUUCUGUCUUACUUCAGUCAGUCUUCCUCAUUGUUCUACUUUUCAAACUGAACUGGGAGAAAGCUUCUGAAGAGGCACAGAUCAGAGCUGGUGUGCAGACAAGACGAGUAGAUAAUGGUGCACAAGAAGAUGGUGGAUAUAUUGAGAGGGAUGUUCAGGACAUUGCUACAGAUGUGGAUGGGCUUGUAGUGGAGCCGCCCAGUGUGGAACUCACUUCACUGAGGGCACCACUGCCAUUAAGGGCCUUAGUGCUGCGUCGGGGUCUGGCUCUUGCAGCUAUGCUUACUCUACUGGCUGCUGGACUCAUCACUAAUGUGUUGCUGAACAGCUAAGAUCAUAAUAGUACAACAAGAUUGUAGUACUCAAACUCAGUACCUGGGAAAACAGGGAGGGCCUUUAAGCAGGCAGAGAGAAAUCCUCUCAACUCAGUUGUUGGAAGUCUCCAGUGUGGUCUGGUAAAAGUGCACCGCUGAAUGUACAAAGCCUUUUAAUAAGGGCUGUGAAUUGAUUACAUUUUUUAAACUAAUGAAUCGCACAGCAAUUAAUCGUGGUACAUCGUACAUUAUAACAAACAUUAAAAUAUAAUCAUAAUAUGUUUACUUUAUAAUUUUUCUCCAAGAAUAUGCAAAAAAUGGUUAGUCAACAUUUAUUUUAAUUAUUUAAAUAUGUACAUUUUAAAAUGUUCUUUAAGAAUAUAGUUAAAUUAGACACAUUUUUACAGGUAUAAAUCUUUGAUACACGUAUGUAAACAUGUCUUAAAAUCAGUGAACAUGCUGUGAUUAAAAAUUUGGAAAAAACUUCUGGCAUUUUGACAUUUUUUAAAAAUAGGACCAAAUGGGCAGAUUCAGUUAAUAUCUGAAUGUAUAUUGGAAAUGUACACUUACUGUGAAGAUUAACUUAAGUGUACAUUUCCAAUGCAUUAUCAGAUGCUAUACAUACAUAUACAAACCAAAGAUUAAUUUGCUGAAGUUUAAAAUCUCAAUAAAAUGUUUUUUGUCUGGCCGCCAUUCAGUUUCUAUCGCGCACAAGCUGGGUAUCUCUCGGGUUUUUUAUCUCUCUGAGUAUCACUUUUGACACUGGUUCAGAUGACAGUGAGUACGUGUUUUUAAGUGAUGCUAAGAGAUACGUCAGCUUGCAUGUAUCUCCCACACCUGGCUGACCACUUGCGUGUGAAGUCUACAUUCAACAUACAUAAAAUCCGCUCCAAUGUUUAUUAUGCCCGGGACAUGCACCGCAUGUAAUUAAUAAGAAUUCACUGCUUCACACAAUCAGUUUCUGUGCUUAGGAUGUGCAGUAUAUAUGUUAAUUUUAGCAACAGUAAGUGGGGAAAAACAUUAGUGAAAUUUCAGAAAGAGAAAAACAUUUUUAUUUUUUAAAUGCAGAAA